GUCCUGGCCCUUUUUAUAAAAUCUGGCAAUCCUGUUCUGUCAACACCGGCAUCUUCAUAAAACAACAUGUCGGGGACGUGGGCGAGCGAAAUAGAACCAGAUUAUGUUCCAGGCUACUAUGGAGCCUAUGGGGACUACGACAUGACCCACACAGGUGAUCCCCGCCAGGACCUGGAGUAUGAAAGACACUAUGCAUCUCACAGCUACAUAGUGCCAGAAGUCAUCAAGAACUUCCUGCUUUUCUUUCAAAAGUGUAUCAACCAACAGGACCUCCUGGAGAUUCAAAACUCUUAUGAGAAUGGUUUCAACAAGUUGACUGAUCGCUUUUUUAAGAACUCGGCAUGGCCAGAGGCUGAAGUUGUUGCUCCCAUUGUGGGAAACGAUAAGCGAUUCCUUAUUUUGUAUAAAGAGCUCUACUACAGACAUGUUUAUGCCAGAGUUUCAGGUGGCCCUACACUAGAACAGCGUUUUGAGUCUUACUACAACUACUGCAACCUGUUCAACUAUAUUCUUAAUGCAGAUGGGCCUGUACCACUUGAAUUGCCUGACCAAUGGCUUUGGGACAUUAUUGAUGAGUUCAUAUACCAGUUCCAAGCCUUCAGUAUCUUUAGACACAAAACUGGAAGUAAGAGGACUGAAGAUGAGAUAGAGUUACUCAGAAGUAACCCUAAGAUCUGGAAUGUACACAGUGUGUUGAAUGUGCUACACUCCCUUGUGGAGAAAUCAAACAUCAACAAGCAGCUGGAGGUCUACACAAGUGGAGGGGAUCCUGACAGUGUGUCUGGAGAGUUUGGUCAGAACUCCUUGUACAAGAUGUUGGGAUACUUCAGUCUUGUUGGUCUGCUCAGGCUACACUCCUUGCUGGGGGACUACUACCAGGCCCUCAAAGUUCUGGAAAAUAUUGACUUCAACAAAAAGAGCUUGUAUUCCAGAGUGCCAGCUUGUCAGAUCACCACAUUCUAUUACGUGGGAUUUGCCUAUAUGAUGAUGCGACGCUAUCAAGAUGCUAUACGUACAUUGUCCAACAUACUUUUGUACAUCCAGCGUACUAAAACUAUGUUCCAGAACAAAGCACAGCUCUAUGACCAGAUCACCAAGAUGAACGACAAAAUGUACACUCUGUUGUCCAUUUGUCUGGUCCUGUACCCCAUGAGGAUUGAUGAAAGUGUACAUUCUCAUUUGAGAGAAAAGUACCAAGAUAAAAUGAACAGAAUGCAGAAAGGAGAACUCCAGGAGUUUGAAGCUUCUUUCUCUUUUGCCUGCCCCAAGUUCUUGUCACCUGUUCCUCCCAACUAUGAUAGUGAGCUGACACCAGCACAGGCAAAGGAACCCUACCAACUCCAACUUUUAGUAUUCAAAGAUGAGGUUCAACAACAGAUUCAGAUACCUACUAUUCGAAGUUACUUAAAGUUGUACACAACACUACCUAUCUCUAAGCUUUCUGCCUUCAUGGAAAUGAGUGAAGAAGAUCUCUGCAUGCAUUUGAUGUGCUUUAAGCACAAAAUGAAGAAUUUAGUUUGGACAAAGGGAACCAGUGGACUGGAAGGAGAGUUUCAAUCUGCUUCAGAAGUGGACUUUUAUAUUGAUAAGAACAUGAUCCAUAUAGCUGACACCAAGGUUGUAGCCCACCCUUACACCUUUUCCUUACAUGGUAUUAAAAUAAGUAACAUCUAUUCCAGAACAUGAUCCAUAUAGCUGACACCAAGGUUGUAGCCCACCCUUACACCUUUUCCUUACAUGGUAUUAAAAUAAGUAACAUCUAUUCCAGAACAUGAUCCAUAUAGCUGACACCAAGGUUGUAGCCCACCCUUACACCUUUUCCUUACAUGGUAUUAAAAUAAGUAACAUCUAUUCCAGAACAUGAUCCAUAUAGCUGACACCAAGGUUGUAGCCCACCCUUACACCUUUUCCUUACAUGGUAUUAAAAUAAGUAACAUCUAUUCCAGAACAUGAUCCAUAUAGCUGACACCAAGGUUGUAGCCCACCCUUACACCUUUUCCUUACAUGGUAUUAAAAUAAGUAACAUCUAUUCCAGAACAUGAUCCAUAUAGCUGACACCAAGGUUGUAGCCCACCCUUACACCUUUUCCUUACAUGGUAUUAAAAUAAGUAACAUCUAUUCCAGAACAUGAUCCAUAUAGCUGACACCAAGGUUGUAGCCCACCCUUACACCUUUUCCUUACAUGGUAUUAAAAUAAGUAACAUCUAUUCCAGAACAUGAUCCAUAUAGCUGACACCAAGGUUGUAGCCCACCCUUACACCUUUUCCUUACAUGGUAUUAAAAUAAGUAACAUCUAUUCCAGAACAUGAUCCAUAUAGCUGACACCAAGGUUGUAGCCCACCCUUACACCUUUUCCUUACAUGGUAUUAAAAUAAGUAACAUCUAUUCCAGAACAUGAUCCAUAUAGCUGACACCAAGGUUGUAGCCCACCCUUACACCUUUUCCUUACAUGGUAUUAAAAUAAGUAACAUCUAUUCCAGAACAUGAUCCAUAUAGCUGACACCAAGGUUGUAGCCCACCCUUACACCUUUUCCUUACAUGGUAUUAAAAUAAGUAACAUCUAUUCCAGAACAUGAUCCAUAUAGCUGACACCAAGGUUGUAGCCCACCCUUACACCUUUUCCUUACAUGGUAUUAAAAUAAGUAACAUCUAUUCCAGAACAUGAUCCAUAUAGCUGACACCAAGGUUGUAGCCCACCCUUACACCUUUUCCUUACAUGGUAUUAAAAUAAGUAACAUCUAUUCCAGAACAUGAUCCAUAUAGCUGACACCAAGGUUGUAGCCCACCCUUACACCUUUUCCUUACAUGGUAUUAAAAUAAGUAACAUCUAUUCCAGAACAUGAUCCAUAUAGCUGACACCAAGGUUGUAGCCCACCCUUACACCU